GGCGAGCAGAUGUCAGAACAGAAUUGUCAGAUCGAAAUUGCCGAGUUCGUUCAUGAAAAGCUAUAAGCUUUUCUUGUCGUGUAGAUUCAUAAAUUCUGUUCCCAUCUGUGCAAUUGUGGCAGUCUACAAUUAAGUUAUAGUUAUUACCACAAACAGUACAUCAUAUUGCUCUCGUUUGCAGUUUUAACAAUAUAGAAUUAUUUAUUGGGUCAACCUUACUGUAGAUUUUUCAAAUUAUCGACAAGCAAUUUGUUUUAUUAGUAUUAGAGACGAAAAUGGUUUAAAUCGAAUUAUUGCAUUACAAAUAAUGGCAAGUGUAAAUAUGUACUUGAUAUCGCUGCGGUGUUCUAUAGUUUUGUUUAUUAUUAUAAAGUUUAGCAAUGGGUUUUAUGUCCCUGGUGUGGCCCCAGUGGAAUUUAAAAAAGGUCAAAAAAUUGAAGUUAAGGCUGUGAAAAUGACGAGUAUACACACCCAACUUCCUUAUGAAUAUUAUUCUUUACCAUUGUGCUUACCCAAAAAUGGCACAUUUGUGUACAAGUCAGAGAAUUUGGGUGAAGUUCUGAGAGGGGAUCGUAUUGUCAAUACUCCAUAUGAAGUACAUAUGGCAGAGAACAUUAAAUGUAGGCUGCUCUGUCAUAAAAAAAAUAAUCCCAUAAAUUGGAGUGUGGAAGAAUCAGAGAAAGUGGCUAGCCGUGUUGAACAUGAAUACUUUGUACAUUUGUUGGUUGAUAAUUUGCCAGUGGCAACAAGAGUGGUGAACAGUGAUACAUCUGAGAAAACAAUUGAACAAGGUUAUCGGCUUGGUUAUAUGUCAAUGGGGAAAGCUUACAUAAACAAUCAUUUGAAGUUACUGCUUAAAUAUCACAAGCACAGCCAGGAUUCAUAUAGAGUUGUUGGUUUUGAAGUUGAAACAUACUCUGUAGAUAAAGAUGACCUAACAUUUGUAGAUGAAUCAUGUCAGCUUCCUCAAUACCCAAAACCACAACGCAUUAAUGAAGACACUGGUACCAAAUUGUUCUUUACAUAUUCUGUGGAGUGGAGUGAGUCGGAUGUAAGCUGGGCAUCACGAUGGGAUAUUUAUUUGGGCAUGAAAGAUGUUCAGAUUCACUGGUUCUCCAUUGUUAAUUCUAUUGUUGUGCUGUUUUUCUUAUCAGGGAUUUUGACCAUGAUCAUGGUGCGAACAUUAAGAAGAGAUAUAGCCCGAUAUAACUCUGAUGAAAGCAUUGAUGAUAUGAUGGAAGAAACAGGUUGGAAACUUGUGCAUGGUGAUGUCUUCCGUCCCCCACCAAAACGGAUGCUAUUUGCUGCUGUUAUUGGCAGUGGGAUUCAAGUAUUCCUAAUGGCCCUUAUAACAAUAUUCAUUGCUAUGCUUGGUAUGUUGUCACCUGCAAGUCGAGGGGCGUUAAUGACUGCCGCGAUAUUCCUCUAUGUUUUUAUGGGUCUGAUUGCCGGUUACUACUCAGCACGCUUGUACACCACAAUGAAAGGGAAGCAGUGGAAGCAAGCUGCAUUCCUCACUGCUACACUCUACCCUGCUGUUGUGUUCGGCACCUGCUUCUUCUUAAACUUCUUCAUCAUGGGUAAACAUUCCAGUGGAGCAGUGCCCUUCUCCACCAUGAUGGCUCUGUUGUGUUUGUGGUUUUGCAUUUCACUUCCACUUGUGUAUUUGGGUUACUACUUUGGAUGCCGAAAACAACCAUUCCAACAUCCAGUAAGGACAAAUUUUAUACCCAGAAAAGUUCCAGAACAACUGUGGUAUAUGAAUGUAUUUGUAUGUAUACUGAUGGCUGGCAUUCUUCCAUUUGGAGCAGUUUUCAUAGAACUGUUUUUCAUCUUCAAUGCACUCUGGGAAAAUCAGUUUUACUACUUGUUCGGAUUUCUAUUUUUGGUAUUCUGCAUUUUAGUAAUAUCAGUAUCUCAAAUAUCCAUUGUGAUGGUUUAUUUCCAACUGUGUGGUGAGGACUACCAUUGGUGGUGGAAGAGUUUUAUUGUCUCUGGAGGCUCUGCUGUGUACAUUUUAAUUUACUCCAUAUUUUAUUUCUUCACUAAAUUGGAAAUAACAGAAUUUAUCCCCACCUUACUAUAUAUAGGGUACACAGGCCUUAUGGUGUUAACAUUCUGGCUUCUGACUGGCACCAUUGGGUUUUUUGCGGCUUAUACAUUCAUCAGGAAGAUCUAUGCGGCCGUCAAGAUCGACUAAAUUAUUGUAAAUCCUAAGUGAAGUUUUUUUAUAGGGAAAUUAAAAUUCUUUCAUAGCUUGUUGAAAUGAGAUUGAACAAAAAAAUUGUGGAUGAAGAGCUGAACAGCUGGUGUGUGUAAAUAUUUAGGUUUAUUUGAACGAUGCAUUUUGUGAAAGAUUAUAUCACUUAGCUAUACUUUGUAUUAAUGAGUAAUUUACAUUAUUAUUUGUGAAUAGUAUAGGAACGUGGUUGGUGCCAGUACGCCUACACCUGGAAUUUUAAACGCAAUUUAGUCAACUUGUGUUACAAAGUAUCAAUAAUUGUGUGGUUACGUAACCGAGCUUCAAAAUAAAAUUAUGAUAAUCUU